AUGUUGAUGCACGAGAAACUCAUGGCCGGGCAGUUCUUCGAUCUAAAGACUGAUCGCAAGCCACUGCUGCAUCAUCAUCACCACCACCAGCAUCAUCAUCAGCUGCAGCACAGCCAAUUGCAGCAGCCGCAUCAGCUGCACCACCAACACCAACACCACCACCACCAACAACAGCAACAUCAGCAGCAGCAACAGCAGCAUUUGGCUCUACCCAAAAUGGAUUUGUAUACCGCCUACGCCUAUCAGCAACAGUUACUGGGCAGCGCAGCCGCGGCGGCAGCACUUAGUCAGCAACAGCAGCAGCAACAGCAGCAACCAAUUGCUGUUGCCGCUGAGGUGUUGGAUUUGUCACGACGCUGCGAUAGCGUGGAGACGCCACGCAAGACGCCUUCACCCUAUCAGACCAACUACAGUUACGGCAGCGGUUCACCCUCCACAUCUCCCACAACCAUUCCCAGCAAUCUCUUGUACUCCGCCCAUGCAGCAGUCGUGCAGCAACAGCAACAGCAGCAGCAACAACAGCAGCAACAACUGGCCAGUCUCUAUCCCUCACUCUACUACGGUGCCAACAUCAAACAGGAGCCAACAACCACACCCAAGAUCAGCAGCAACAGCAACAGCAGCAGCAGCAAUGCCACAGCCAGUUUAUUGCAGACUUUUGCCGCCGCAUCAGCAGCAGCGGCGGCAGCAGCUGCUGCCGCAUCGGCCAGUGCAGCGGGAUCUCCGCGUCCGGCCAGCAAUGCCAGCACCAUGCAAAUCGAUGUGCUGGAGGCACCACAAUCUCCUCCUGCUCCCACCAGCGAUAGCCUUCAGUUUAACAACAACAGCAACAGCAACAACAACAGCAGCAGCAAUAUCACCACGCCCACCAGCAGCACAGCGAACCUCGCAUCCGCCGUGUCAUCGGCCGGCGGAGAUUCGGUCAAGAAUACGCGUCCCUUCAAGGCCUUUCCACGUGAUCCGCUUGUGAUUGCCGCCAACUUUGCCGCCACCGAUGUGCUGCUCGAUAAUCCGCGCGUAGAACGCUACACGGAGUAUCGGAAGCGUGUGCUCGAGCAGAUUCGCAGCUCCAAUGGUGGAUCUCGCACCGUGACCAAUCCAAAGAUGCGACGCACAAAUUCGCGCAGCGGCAGCGUCAACGAGGGCAGCUCAUCGAAUAACAACAGUGAGAGCGAAGAUCGUGCCGCCGCCGAGGAGUCCAGUGACUGUGAUUCGCAUGCCGGCAACUAUGAGAAGCUAUCGGCAACUGGCAACAGCAAUGCCAACUUAUCCGGCUCGGCAGCAACAGCUGCUGCCGGCAAUUUGGGCAGUGGUCAGGUCAAGGAUGCCGCGUACUACGAGCGGAGGCGCAAGAACAAUGCGGCGGCCAAGAAAUCCCGUGAUCGUCGCCGCAUCAAGGAGGAUGAGAUUGCCAUUCGGGCCGCUUACUUGGAGCGACAAAAUAUCGAGCUGUUGUGUCAGAUUGAUGCGCUGAAGGCGCAGCUGGCUGCAUUUACGGCCAAAGUGGCCGUUUAG